AUGGAUAGCCAGGAAGGCCCUUCGAAGGGCUCUGCCCACCACCACAACAACCACACCCAUAAUAAUGCUCCCGCCCCGCCAAACCCCCCUAGCAUAGAAGCAGCCUACAAGCACAAAUGCAUUGAGCUGAAAAAACGUCUAAACGAAGUCGAAGCGGCCAACGAUGCAAUGCGCAUCCGCAACGCACAGGGUCACCGUUACAUUCAGAAAAUGCGCCUCGAGUCCUGUAUGCUGCUCGAGCGCCUGGCUGUCUUGACGGGCAUGGCUGAGGAACAGGGGAUUAGUACAGAGCUACGCGCACGCACCGUGGCGCUGUUGAAGGAGAUGGAUCCUCAUUACACGCCCGCGGCACAUGGAGGAGCGGGAAGGGCGGGGGAAGGUCCCUCCUCUGCUGGUGUCAAGCGUGCGUUUUACGGAAUUGAUUACAUGGAUGACGGCACUGAAGGGAGCUCCGAGGGGCAUCCGCCAACUCCCCAGGAACGCCCUCUUCGAGUGAAACGUAGUCGCCGCACCGACGACUCCACCACCCACCUUGACAACCCUGAUAAAGAUGUUGACCUCAUGAACCUGAGCACGUCGUCCACUCUCCCACCUCUCCUUCCAGCCACUCGACGCCGUUCCCCACCUCCCACCCACGAACUCGACAGCCGCAUAAAACACUACAACCCACCACCCGCUCCUAUGGCCUCCUCUUCAGCAUUAGAUCAUCAUUAUCCCCGCCAACCGCCUCUCGCCUCAUCCCCCUCCAAUCACAACAACAGCCACCACCGACGCCCUAGCGGUAGCGGGACCAAUUUUGGUCAAGGCCAAGGUUCCACGCCAACAGGAACAUCCGAACCUCAACACUCCAAUCAGCGGUAUAUAUCUGCCUUUGAGGACUUCACCAAUCGCACGCGGGACAAGGUUAUUCAUGACCUCGUUGACGCGUACGGUCCUGAGACGAAUAUCACGCCAGACGAUGUCGAUCGUGCACUUGCGGAGCAUUGGGAGUCGUUAGACCCAGCAACUAAGAGGCAGUACGGGGACCGGCGCGAGAGCAGAGAUGGCUUGUAA